ACGUCAUUUAUUAUCAAUACGGUCAUCAUCAUCACCAUGUUUGAAUAUUUUCUUGAUGAAACAUCAUCAUAAUGGAUUAUCAAUUCGUCAUUUUUCACGUCCAACAUCUGGUGCAUUUCUAUCGAAUAAAGAACGUGUCAGAGAUUUUCUUGCCUUAUUGAAUGUAAAUGAAAAACGUAUAUUAUAUGAAGAGCUUCAAUCACAACCAGAAUUGAUGCCAGGACCAAUAAUAACCGUAAUUGAGACUUCAACACCACCGAUGAUGGAUGAUCCAACAAAACAGCUGCCUAACACUAAUCAAUUGGUACAAUUAUUCAUAUCUCAAUCACUGCCAUUUAUUGGAUUCGGUUUUCUUGACAAUCUUCUUAUGAUCGUUGCUGGUGAUUAUAUUGAUCUAACACUCGGUGUUGCAUUAGGCAUAUCAACAAUGGCAGCUGCUGGUUUAGGUAAUGCCUUGUCCGAUAUUGCCGGUGUUGGAUCUGCUUAUUAUGUUGAAAGAUUAGCCGAUAAAAUUGGUGUCAAACCACCGAAACUGUCAUUAGCGCAGCUUCAAAUGUCUCGAACAAGAUGGAUAACACAAUUUGGUCGAGCAUUCGGUGUUGCCAUUGGUUGUUUCAUUGGAAUGUUUCCAUUAUUAUUUCUACCACAUCGAUCCGAUCUACGUAAUAAGGAUGAUGAUGAUGAUGAUGAUGAUGAAAACCAAAGAAUGAACAAAUCGAUCAUUGAUAAACAUGAAAAUGUUUCACACAAACCCCAAACAGGAACAUUUUCAAUUCUAUCUAAUUUUUUUUUUUUUUGAUUUUGUAAAUAAUUAUCAAUUAAUGAAUUUUUUUUUUUGUUUUAAAUUUGUUGUUGAACAUUGUAUUUUAUUUAUGUUAUUUAUUUAUAACCAGAUGUAUUCGUGUAGCUGAUUAGAAAUCUUCACAAUAUUGAUUGAUGAAUAAAAAUCUUCAACAGUCAUUUUCA